AUGAUGAUGACAUCGGUGGUGAUAAUGGAGAUGGCACCCAUGGUGAGAAUGUCGGUGGUCGGUCGGAACAAAAUACAGAUCAUUUUGAGUCGCGCCUUCCUCAUGAGUACACGCAUCAGAAUGUUGACGACAUGUGUGUCAAUAUGAAUCUGUGGCCUAAAGAAAAUGCAAUAUGGGAAGCAGGCAAAGAGUUUGAAUUGGGGAUGGUUUUUAGUUCGAGGUAUGCUGUCCAGACAUGCGCGGCGAGUUAUCACAUUGCAGCUAAUAAAGAAUACAAGAGUAGUGUAACAACUGGUAAAACAAUAGUUCUUGUGUGUGUGAACAAUGACACUUGCAAUUGGAGGUUGCGUGCGUCGCUUUUAAAAGGCGAGUCAGACUGGAUAAUAACAAGAUAUAACGGCCCCCACCAAUGCAGCGGCCAAUCAAUGAACCAAGACCAUCGCAAUUUAAGAGCGCGACAGAUAGCUGAACACAUCGACACGCAAUUGCAUCUGCAACGUGACAUUAGGAUUAAAACGCUUCAAGAGGGGAUUUUUCAAAAACUGCGAGUUAGGCCCGGAUACAAAAAAACUUGGUAUGCCAAGGAAAAGGCCAUUGCAAACAGGUUCGGACAAUGGGACGACUCUUUCAAGGAGAUUUGCAAUUUUAUGACGAAUGUCACCGUUGCUAAUCCCAGGACAGUCUGGCAUGCUACCGGUACACCAAUUGAAAACAAUCCACAAUUCAGAACUUUCAAGCAUAUGUUUUGGACUUACGAGCCAGUGGUGAAGGGUUUUCAGUAUUGCAAGCCUGUGGUGUACAUCGACGGCACCCACACAUAUGGAAAAUAUGAAAUGACUUUGCUGAUUGCUUCUGCAAUUGAAGGGAACAAUCACAUCAUGCCGAUAGCUUUUGCCAUUGUGAAGUCGGAAACUGCCGCAUCCUGGAGGUAUUUCAUGAGGAUGUUGAAGAGGUAUGUUUUGGGUGAGCGAAAGGUGUGUAUCAUAUCUGAUCGCGGCUCCGGUAUUAUGAGUGCCAUGGAGGGGCCUGAGUGGGCGGGUGAUACCCACAAGUGGUGUAUUAGACACCUAGUGAGCAACUUCCACAACGCCUUCAAGAAAAAAUAUCUCAAAAAGCUUGCUGAAAAAGCUGGACGCGCAUACCAAGAGCAUAAAAGAGAUCGGUACAUGUCAUUGAUAGAGGCGGAUUCACCUGAGGGUUAUGCGUAUCUUGACCGCCUUGAUGUUAGAAAAUGGAGCAUGAGUGGCGACACGUCUGGAAUGCGGCAUGGUGUGAUAACAACAAACUACGCUGAGUCGGUCAACGCGAUGUUAAAGAAUAUUCGGGGGCUCCCUAUCACAGCCAUGUUGGAAGCAAUAUUUAACAAGGUCAACUCCGUAUUCAUUAAGCAUGUGAACGACUACAAAAUGUGGUUGGCAUCCGGUUUCGUGUGGACUCCAGUCUGUGCACACAGAAUUGAGACUUGGGAAAAUAAGUCAAAGACUCAUACGGCUUCACAGUUCAACGUGGCACAGAAGGUAUUCAAUGUCUUGACCCAGUGCGACAAUGUAAGACAAAAGGGUGGCAAUACACAGCAAGUUCUGGAAAAUUCCGUGCUCCCAUGCGAUAGCUGCCUGCAACCAAUACGGAGAGAACUACCGUGA